UUCAAAACAAUCGAAUUGCUGUCUGUGCAUUUGCGGACUUUUGACUGUUUCCCGCACCCAAAAAAGGCGUCAAAACGGUUUUCAAACGUCUCACGCUCCCCUUCCUCCGUCAAGUGACGACCUACAGUCAUGGCGGCGGAGGAAACGCGCAUCGAGCCUUCAACAUGAAUCGUGUGUUAUUGAUUUUGAUCGUCAGCUCGGGAUUUUUGCUCAUCAUUUAUGCGAACAACGACAUGUUUCAUCCGACGGUGUUGCAACGCGGUGCAGAAACGCAGCUGGAAAUGCAUGGCGGCUCGCAUGGGCAACAUCACACAAGUAACAAGCAUCGUUAUCACUAUCGACGCAAUGCCACGGACUUUAAUGCGGGCCACAGUUCGAGCAAUUACAACUUAUUCCUGAUUUUUGCGAACGAAAAUGAGUCGCUGAAGCACAAGUUGGACCUUUUUCUGAAGAGUUUGCUGAAAUACACGUCGAUAUCGGUGCAUUUGCACGUCAUCACGGACGAAAAUUCCCAAGUUUCGCUCGAAAAUUCGAUUAAUACGAUGUUUCACAAGUAUCGCGGGAACCGUUUGACCGGGAGACUCAACCAUUUGUACACAAUUUACGACGUGAACGAUGCCCGACUCAAAAUCAAAGACAUUCACGAGAGUUUGAUGCCACUUUUUAGCUACAAUUCCGGAUCGUAUUACAGUGACCCCUUAUUUUUACUUUCUUUGGGCCUCCAUCGCAUCGUAGAUCCCGCCAUGAAACGCGGAAUUCUCGUAGACUGCGACAUCGUCUUUCGUUCUGACGCCAAAGAGCUCUUUGACGAGUUCAACAAGUUCUCCGACGAAAAUCUCUUUGGGCUCGGGCCAGAACUCACUCCCGUGUACCGUCAUGUGCUCUAUAAAUACCGCGCCAAGAACCCAGGAACGAAUUUCGGGAACCCGUAUGACAUGUAUUUCCCCGAAGGCUCUUCCGAUACCCUCGAUGACGACAAUUUGCGGGCGAAAUACAUCAAACACGGCUAUCCCGGACUAAAUUCGGGCGUUGUGAUGCUCAAUUUCGAGGCAAUUCGUCAAAGCAAGCUCUACGAAGAGACACUUAAACCGGAAAACAUCAAAAAUCUCGUCGAAAAGUAUUAUUUCAAAGGUCAUUUGGGCGAUCAGGACUUUUAUACGUUACUCGGAUAUGAAUUCCCCGCAGUUAUUUACUAUUUGGACUGCAUCUGGAACAGACAAUUAUGUGUUUGGUGGCGCGAACAUGGCUACGGCGAAGUAUUUGACGCGUACUUUCAUUGCGAAAGCAAGGGAAAAAGUGUAAAAAUUUAUCAUGGGAACUGCAAUACGCGAGUGCCCGAAUAGCUAUCGAUGAAAGUUAGGAAAAACGAACGAAUUUGA